AUGGCUUCAUUCGCAGCCUCUGUCCCGCAGCGCAGCGCGCCGACUCGCGAGGAGCUGUGCAGGCUGUUUGUGGGCAAGACAGUGGGCGAGGUGCCCAAGCCGGCGGCCAUCAUGGACGUCGCCGUGGCCCGGCGCAACUGCGCGGCCGUCGACAAGGCCGUGGCUGCGCUGGGCGUGGGCUUCCGCGCACACAUCAAGACUCACAAGACUACAGAGCUCACCCGCCUGCAGGUGCAGAACCUCGGCCCCUCGCAGCCCAUCAACCUCGUCGCCUCGACGCUGGCCGAGAUUGAGCACCUGGUGCCCCUCAUCGCCGAGUACGCGUCUGCCGGCCGCAGCGUCAACAUCCUCUACGGAAUUCCCCUCCCGCCCUCGCAGGUCAGCCGCCUCGCCCACAUCGCCCGGCGCAUCGGCGUCCCGGGCUCCAUCUCGGUCCUCGUCGACCACCCGGCCCAGCUCGAGCCCCUCGCCACCACCUUCCACGACACGGCCGGCUUCCCAGUAAAGGUCUUUAUCAAGGUCGACACGGGCUACCACCGCGCCGGCCUGCCCCCCGCGGCGCUCAACAAGGGUGGCCUCAUUGACAGGAUCGCCCAGCUCAACACCAAGGUCGAGUUUCUGGGUCUUUACUCGCACAGCAGCCUCAGCUACAACGGAAACACCCCGCGGGACGCCAUGGACGCCCUCGCGGGGGAGAUUGACGGCUGCAUGCAGGCCCUGCGCGACUGCGGCGCCGCGUUUGCCUCCCUGGCCGCCACCACCACGAGCCAGAAGCAACAGAGACAACUGGUCAUCAGCGUCGGCGCCUCCCCGCAGAUCAUCUCCGUGGGCAACCUGCUCUCGUCGUCGUCGUCCUCAUCGUCAUCCUCGGCGGCGGACAGCGACAGCGCAAACCUCCGCAGAUCCAUCGCCGCCGUCUCGUCAUCGCCAUCGUCAUCAACAGACAGCAGCAGCUCCUUUACCACGACCCUCGAGCUCCACGCGGGCGUCUACGCGGUCCGCGACAUCCAGCAGCUCGCCACCAACGCCGUGCCUCCUUCUUCGUCGCCUUCGUCUGGUACCGCAUCCGAGACAACAUCAAGCACGACAGCCACCACCACCACCACUGCAGAGCUGUACCACAUCGACGAGCCCGAGGCCCACGUCGCCUUCAGCGUCGCGGCAGAGGUGUGCAGCGUGUACAACGACCAUGAGCGCGCCGAGCCCGAGGCCCUCAUCGCCGUCGGCGUUCUGGGCUUGGGCAGGGAGCCGUGCAAGAUGUACCCCGGCUGGGGCAUCCUGGGCACCCAGGGCGUGGACGGCAGCGGCAGCGGCGGCAGGAGGAUCAUGAUUAGCAGGAUCAGCCAGGAGCACGGGAUCGCGGCGUGGUUGCCACCUACAAGUGAGGCAGGGGCGGGAAGGGGCGCCCGUGGUGAAGAACAUGUCCUCCCGCCACUGCCGCUCGAGGUCGGCCAGGUCGUCCGCGUGUAUCCGAACCACGCGUGCAUCACGGGCGCCAUGUACGGGUGGUACCUGGUCGUUGACUCGGACGAAAAGGAUCCAGGGGCCGGGGAGGUGGUCCGGGAUGUGUGGGUGCGUGCUUCGGGAUGGUAG